AUGGGCGCCGCUCAAUCUUCGAACAAAGAAGAGGUAGAGCACCAGGCAUGGAAGAAGCACCUUGAGAAGCAGUACGAUGGACAUAGACACUGGUCGACUGGUGUCCGGUUCAAACGGCCACCGAAGCUCACCCCAAGCCAACUGAAUGAUCGCAUGAUCGAGCUCGAACACGAAGAACCGACCGGUUACAAGCGCGAAUACCUCAACCCGAAUGGAGACGAUGAGCACAAGAAAUUUCCCGACCUGGAUACAUACUAUAGCACGACCAAAGAGAUCCCCCGUCGACUUGUCGUGCAAGCGACUGAAGAUGCCCAGAAUGAUCCUCGACAAAGACACUGGGGUCAGAAGCGUAUCGAUGGACGGACACCGUUUAUCAUUCGAUUGUCGGAACUUUGUCUGAACCCGUUGAACCUCGAAAGAUACGAUUCCGGCCAUGCUAAAGAGCUCAAAAACAAUAAUGCGAACACGACACCACCGCUGAAGAAGACCGGGGCUCAGAAUGUACGGAUGAUCUUCUUUCGUACCAUACACCAUAUAUUGUCGAUAUUUUUUACCUUGACGUUGGCAUGGAUUAUUCAGGUCUUGCUUUCCGUCGACAUCAUCACUGAGCCAUGGAGUAGUGAAGGAUCGUCCGAGAAUUACGAGAAUUACGAUAACGUGCACUGGGACUGGCCCAAACACGCCAUCAAUAGACUGGACCAGUCGCCAGAUAACGAUCGACCGCAAGCAAGCCUUACCAGGCUUAUGAUUCCCCGCCGCCUGGUGGUUUGGGACAAAGAGAAGAAAGAUUGGGUAGCCAAAGACACCAGCGAGCUUCGGGACAAAGUAACAGGAAUGCUGCAGCCCUAUGUUUUCUUGAGUUUCUCGAGAGGCAAUUACGGCGCCAGUGACGAUGUACUAAGACCUUUCUUCCACAACGUGGCUCAAAGUAUCCUGGAUGAAGAAAACGCCGAUCUAGGUUCAAAAGAGGACCCAAUCAAAGCAUUCUGGGUGGAUGUUGACUGUGUCAGUCACGAGAACCCAGCCGACGAGGCUAGGGAUAUCAACUCUAUCUGUGAUGCUGUGCGCUGCGCUAGACGAGUUUAUAUCAUGCUACCAAACGAUAGCAACGAUGAAAAGAAGAAAUGGGGGAAGCGAGUCUGGACUUUACCCGAAGUCCUCCUCGCGGCUGAGAAAAUCCGAUACUGCAUCACACCCUUGUGGAACUGGUCUUCGUCCGUCGGAAACAUGCCGGCGAAAAAUAAAUUCCAGAGAGUCUCUUUGACAGACAUGUACAACAGCUUCUGGCCGAGAUAUGAGCCCGUUUCCACAUUGUCAACUACCGAGAGCCAUGGGGAGGGACGACCUGAAGAUGCAAUCAGUCAUCUUAUCGAUCACUAUACGAACCGGACUAAGCUCAGUGAGCUGCAAUUGUUCACCUUUGCCGUUCAAGCUAUGGCAAAAAUGGUUACUGGAGAUGUUGAAGGUUAUACAACCACGAGCAUGGCCUAUGCUGCAAUGGGCUUGUUGUCUUAUCGCAUAACGCCAGAUGAGAAGGAUGACACGUUCAAGGCGAUUGCGCGCUUAUCUCUUGUGAAUGAUAGCAACCAAAUGCUAGAGCGUCUCGUUUGUCUGUGGCCGAAGUACGUAUCGACUAAUCCCGGAAAGUCCAGCAUCCAAGGAGAAGAAAAAUAUGCUUUUGCUGGCAGUGAAAGUCUUCUCCAAAACAUCGCGGAUCAAGACCAGUAUAACGUUCAUCUUUGGGAUGUCCAUCCAUUAUGCGAUGUAGUCGGUAUUGGAAACGACAAAUUUGCUCCCACAGUUAUCUUGGACCGGUGCCGCGGCAUUCCUAUCCGAUGGAAGAGCUUCCCGCAAGUGAAGUACGUACAGAACUUCACAGGCUGGCGCGAAAAUAUAUCGCAGCUUAUUGUGUGGAUGGGAGCCUGGUUCUUGCUGACUGGUUUCAAUCUGUUCGCCACCGUGAUCUCCCUUGCCUUUGCAGGCGUGAACCAAAAGGACACCAUCAGCAUUGACCAGUACAUGUAUGGUAUCCUGGUAUACGUCGGUAUCGCCUGGAUAAUCUCCUGGUUCAGCCCAAGAGCAGUCCGACAUCUAUGCAGCGGAGGAUCUUCCGGACUUUCCUGCCAUCUAGUCGGAUUCGAAGGCACGAUGACCCUCCGAGAAAUUGAGAAAAAGAUAUACGGCAACUAUAAUGCUCGUCUAUCUUAUGCACCUUCUUCCACGAUCUUCUCUGAAAAGUUACGUCACCACAAGUUUCGAAUGGGCGUUGAGCCUUGUGGUAACAGUGAUGAUUACUGGAAACAACAAAGGAAGGAACACGGCAUUCCAGACACGCAUCGCUUGUUUACUAUUGUUGAUACGGGAGAUAUGAGUGUGUCGGUUAUUGCGGCUGAGCGACCACCGGUUGUAGCAUUGAUUUGUGGACGUGAGGGUGGUAUGUUGCGGGGGCUUUUGUGCAGUUGGAGAUUUGAUAAGAAUUGCUUGUAUCGGGAAUCUGUUGUACGCAUGCGGAGCUCACUUGAGGAUCAGGCUCAGCCUAAUGACUGGUUGAAAGUUAGUCUGGCUAGUCAAGGUGAAGUUGACCGGACCUGGUUGAGAUUUGCUCAGCAGGAGAAGAAGGCUUCCCUUGCUCCUUCGGUGUCGCUUCCUCCUCCAACUCCUCCUCAGAAAGAUACUUGGGUACAGAGAGUUGUUACCGAAGUACCGUCUCAUUCUUAG